AUGACUCGCUCAAUGGUUAAGUACAAGUUUAUGGAGGAUGCAAGUGCAAGGAAUGUGACUUUGAAGAAGAGGAAAGCAAGUCUCUUGAAGAAGAUGGAUGAGGUGAAGACGCUAUGUGAUGUUGAUGCUUGUCUUGUGAUGUAUGAGAAAGAAGGUGAUCCACCCGUUCUUUGGCCUUCUGCUUCAGAGGCACGCCGUGUGGUUGACAAGUUUGAUAAGUCAAUAAUAUGGGGUGCAAAUUCUAGGCUUGAUCACAUAGGUUUUCUUAAAAACAAUCUGACUAAAAUGAAGAAGCAUUUGAAAAAAGAGAAGAAGAAAAACUUGAAAAAUUCGAUGCUGAAAUGCUUGUUUGAUGAUAACGAGUUUAGUGAGAUCAAGCAAGAGGACUUGGAAGGCUUGCAUGCUUUCAUUGAUAGUGAGAUCCAAGUGAUAGAUGAAAUGAUUGAGAAAGCUUCUGAAAAGGGCAAAAUGAAAAUGGCUUAA